AUGAUUCUUUCACAGCAACGUCACCAUGUCCCCAAGUUUGGUGGCUGGGAUAAUGAUAAUGUUCCAUACACUGCCUACUUCGACACUGCACGCAAGGAAAAAUCCGGCAUGAGGAUGAACCCAAAUGAUCCGGAGGAGAAUCCGGAGGCCUUCAUGCAGGCUAGAGGGGGCAUGGAAGAUGAUGUCGAUUUCUCUUCUGGCGCCUAUCAGGGAAUUACUGCAGAACAUCACAGCCUUGAUCAGAGACUCAAAGGGCACAAUGCACAGGGGACAAGAUCUGCUAAUGAUCAUCAGAAGAGUGCAAGCCACAAUAGCAUCACAUCAGAAUCAGGAAGUGAGAAGAGUAGUUCCGAGGGAAAUAAAGCCUUGUCUUCAUCAAGACACUCUAGACAGAGAAGUAGAAGAACUCAUUCAGCUAAUCAUGACGGUCAUCAGAGGGGAGCAUCAAUUCCCAAAUUUGGAGCAUGGGAUGAAACAGAUCCAAACUCAGGUGAAGGUUUUACUGUGGUUUUCAACAGAGUGAAAGAGGAGAAACAAAUUGCAUCAACGACAUUUCCUUCUGUGCCAACCCAACCAGUAAAUCGUCAAACUAGUCAAAGAAACCAAGGAAGUUCUUCCUCUCUAUCAAAGCUAGCUCUAUUUUCUGCAGGUAAAAUAGAGUUCGAUCUAUCAUUUUGA